GACUUAUCUCAAACGCGAGUUCCAAGAAAUUAAUUACACAUGCCCGAACUGAUCCGCUUGAAUACUGAUCUCCUAGCUGGAUUUUACUGCGCCAAACUCCGACACCGUAGCUGGCGUUAGCGUACAUGCGGACACGUCCAACUAUCCCAUGGAAUUCAGGAUAUUUGGCAUUCUUCGCAACCGGAGCCCUCAAGGCGGAAGGCGCAUGUAAAAGAUUGGUCAAAAGGCACAACACGAAGUUAACGAAAUGGCAGUGCGUUUCGUCAUGACAACUCAGUUACUUGUCGCAGUCGCUAACUUUUUCAAGUUGUAUGAUUAUGUGUUUUCUUCGCCAUCUGUACCGCUGUCGCCGACUGGCAACCAUAGUGUGGAUAUUUCCGAUGCAUAUGUGCAAUGGUCUCAGUGGCAGCGCAGUCAAGUCAUGGGCAAAAUACGAAAAAACUCGAGAACUCGCAACACAAGUCGCUCACCGUCCAUCUUGACUACGCCCCUACCUAUCGUUGGCCUCUUAGAAACGAUGGGUACACCCGACUUUGGAUCAGAAAGCGAGUAUAUGUUACAUGUCGUGCCACAGAAAGGGCCAGAGCAUCAAGACAAAAAACCCACGUUUGCACGCAACGUGGUGCGUCUCCAGGAGAAGGAAACACUUCAUUACUCUGAUGACGAACCUGGAAACAUUGCAACAAAUUCAACGAGUACACCGUAUUCCACUGCGGGCGCAGUUAUAUUGGCAAUUCUCACUGCAUUGGUCAGCUUUAUCACCAUCGCCGGAAACGUGCUAGUGUUGCUGUCAUUUUUUGUGGAACGUGCUCUUAGGACAGCCACCAAUUUCUUCAUCGCUUCUUUGGCAGUGACAGAUGUACUGAUAGGUAUAUUUUCCAUGAACUUCUACACCCUCUACUUGCUACUUGGUCGUUGGCCACUCGGCAGACUCUCCUGUGAUUUGUGGUUGAGUUUGGAUUACACUGCUUGUUUGACUUCACAAUACACAGUUCUCAUUAUCACUGCAGACAGAUUUUUCUCCGUUCGUCUUCCUGCAAAGUAUCGCAACUGGAGAACAGAUCGCAAGGUUAUCAUAAUGGUCGCAGUCACGUGGAUUGUGCCCUCAUCUGUAUUUUUUCCCACUAUUAUGGCAUGGCCAUACUUCAAUACCAACAUGAAGCCACGAGCUCAGGAUCAGUGUUAUGCCGAAUUUGCCAAUGAUCCCGUGUUCAAUACGAUUUUCACUGUCUGCUACUUCUGGGUUACUCUGUGCGUAAUGAUUGGUUUAUAUGUCGGGAUAUACCAGGUGGCUGACAAGUUACAGAAACGAAGUGAUGAGAAGCGAAAUAGAGUUAGCGGUCUUUUCGCGAACCCUGUUAGAUCGGUAACACCAGGCACAACAAAAACUAGCUCUGGUGCAUCAGCAGGCAACUACGUGAGUUACUCAUCAGCAAGACAGAAUGUGCCACAUAGUAGUAGCAGUCUGGUGGGUGCAAACGAUUCCUCUGGCUUCGAUUCGGAGGAAGAAACUCGGAAGCAACCGACUAGAUUGAAUAAGGGACUAAAAUCACUUACGAAACAAGUAAGCACAACGACGACUGUUUUGACCACAUCGCCGAACGCUCAACUAACAACUUCCGUGCGAAAGCUACAUAACGGUGAUGGAAAGAAAGUGUCUUCGGAUUUUGUUGAUUCUCAUAAGAUCACAGCACAGCCGAAAGCCGAAAUAAAGGCAAACACUGAUGAGUACCCUGCCACUGUGCCUGAACCUGCGCCACAGCUAGUGUCAGCUGCCUAUAUGAAGACAUCUGUGACAAGGACUAACCAGACGGAAUCCGAGUGUCCACUGCAUGGAAAGUAUCCUGGUUCUACAAUUGCCAAUAACCCCAAUGAGAAUAAUGGUUACACCCCCUCCUCUGUGGUAAUGGACGAAGCAGAUAGAUUACACAUAAGUUCACCUGUAUUGACAGACGACGACAGCGGAUUGGAAGUGACUGAUGGUCCACAAUCCCAUUUACGGCGCAUUUAUUUCCCCCCAUCUCCACCAUUGUGUAUAUGUGCCGAUCUAGAGGAAGAGCAAGCAGCAGAGUCGGCGCCGUAUCUAAGUAGUGUUGUUGACAGUUCCAGUGCGAAAGAUCAAGAAGGACAUCCAGAUAAUUCUUGUGAGCAUGUAAACAAUCAAACGGAAACUGCCAUUUGGGUAGGAACCAGUCACGAAACGUUAUCCAAUCCCGAGACAACUGCAUCACGAAUACCCCCUGUAAAGCCGUCAGUUGAUCCGGGCUAUCACGAUAGAGUGAUGGAGGCCUAUCGGAGGCGCAUGGCUGCCAACAAUCUCGUUACCUCUGCUGAAAGUCAGGAUUCAGAUUAUGUGACCUCAAGUAACUUGUCCAACCAGCCGCUGACGAGUAUGUGUAAAACUUUACACUCCCCGCAAAGAAACACUAGUAUACGAAAAGGAUCGACAGGAAAUACGAUUAACGAACCUGUCCCCAACCAUAAGUCGAAAAGGGAAGUUAGGUGUUCUACCUCGUGUAACGGAAAAAUGUGUGCACACGAGUCUUCAUCACUUAACUGUUUGGUCGUCAACCAGACGGGCAAAGUGAGCGAUCAGUCACCUAUUUGGAAACCCCAGCUGUAUUCGGAAAUAGACACUUUUAGUACCACUUGCUCGUUGCAUGGUUUAGUUUGCUAUGAUCAGCCGGUGAUAUCGGGAUGCUAUGAAACUAAGAAUGAAUGUGUUUAUUGUUCCCGUCAGCCGGACUCCGAUACCAUACAUUCAAGCUCUAGUUAUGCUGAUUACGUUGGUCCAAACUUGGUCGAACGAAGAUGUUGUGGAUGUUCCAUUGGACUAAGUGAAGCAAGUCAAAAGCCGGUAGCAAAGAAGAAAAUACUCAACCCUUCCAUCUUCCUGUUGAAGAUCCGGAACUUUCAUCGUAUUUCUCUAAGUACACUGAAGAAAACGUUGCUACUUCGUAAGACGAAAGUACCAAUUGAACGUGGAAGACGAGAGAAUAGAGCCAGAAAAGCGCUACGUACCAUCACUUUCAUUUUGGGUGCUUUCGUACUCUGCUGGACCCCAUACCAUGUUGUAAUCAUAAUAAAAGGAAUAUGUGACGAUGUCUUUCGCAAGCGUACCUGUGUCAACGAAAUAUUUUACAGUGUCACCUACUGGCUUUGUUACAUGAAUUCCCCGAUAAAUCCCUUUUGUUAUGCACUAGCCAACGCUCAGUUCAAAAAAACCUUCCUUCGAAUAUUUCAUGGCGAUUUGCGGAGAACGUAAAUGUAACGAAAUUGCGCACUGACUAUGUUUCUUUGCCUGUACUCCUCUCUUGAUCCAUCCUGUCCAUACGGUUUUCACAUUUGAAGGAAAUUAACUGAAAAACAAGUUGUCAUUAUAUCUAAAACCCGAUAAAACAGUCACAUCUUUC